AUGGACGUAUAUGUCCAGAUCACAGGCCUGGACUCGGGGAAAACGCGCGGAGUCAAAGCACUGUUGGAUAGUGGCUGUAGUACCUGUUGCAUCAAUACCAACUACGCACGGGCAGAGAAACUGGAUAUCCAAGAACUUCCGCAACCCAUAGUGGCUCAUAAUGCUGACAACACCAAGAACAUCAGUGGCCGGAUCACGAAUUACGUUGACUUGAGGAUGGGAAUUGGUCCUCAUGUGGAGACCCGCACAUUCCUUCUGACAUGUCUAGGAAAAGCUCAGAUCUUCAUCGGCCUUGAUUGGCUAACAGAACACAACCCCAAGGUGGAUUGGCAGGAGCAGACGAUGAGAUUCAGCCGAUGCCCAGAGCGGUGUCACAUGAGGGGUCACGAGGAGCACCAAGCAAUGAUCGACAUGGAUGCAAUUGACCUGGACAUGGGCGCACCGGAUCUGGAAGAGGGAGAAUCAAUCCUGUUGAUCAACUUUGGAAAGGAGGUGGAUCUACAGUUGAAGGAAACACCGGCGCAGAAAUUCGCAGAAGAAGCGGAAAAAGAGAAGGAGAGGAUGACCGAGGGGAAGAUUCCGGAUCAAUACCGGGAAUUUGUCAAAGUAUUUGCCAAGGAAUCAUUCGACUCACUACCGGACCGACGAACCUGGGACCAUGCAAUCAAACUCAAACCAGGCUCCAAAGCAGUGGACUGCAAGGUUUACCCACUGUCACGAAACAAACAGGUCAAACUCGACAAAUUCCUACAAGAGAACCCGGCCAGUGGACGGAUCAGACCAUCAAAAUCACCCAUGGCAUCAGCAUUCCUCUUUGUCAAAAAGAAGGAUGGCUUGCUACGCCCCGUGCAGGAUUAUCGGAAGCUGAACGAGAUGACGAUCCGAAAUCGAUACCUGCUACCGCUGAUCUCCGAACUGGUCCAUAAUCUAUGUGGUGCCAAGUUCUUCACCAAGCUUGACAUCCGGUGGGGAUACAACAAUGUACAGAUCAAAGAGGGCAACAAGUGGAAGGCUGCGUUCCACACAAACCGCAGACUGUACGAGCCCUUGGUCAUGUUCUUUGAAAUUUCCCGGCAACCUUUCAAAACAUGA